CCUUUUUACUCUCCCACGCACUAUCUCUCUCGUCCAAUAAAAAAAUAAAGCCAGCGAGAGAGAACAAAAAUCAGAGAGAGUAAAGUGAGAGAGAGUAAAAAGCCCCAAACAACACUCUCUCUGUCUCACAGCCAACCAAUUUUAAUUCACACACAAAUUAAAAUUAAAGAAUUGCAAUUUCUAGGGUUUAUCGAUAAUCGCGAUGGCGAGUCCUCGAUUAACGGUGAUUCAAUCGGAGAAAACAACGGUUACUUCAUCUAGGGUUUCGCGAAGCAGUAUGAGUGAUGAUGAUAUAUGGAAGCGUCUUCAAGAAGCUGGCUUUGAUGAAGAUUCGAUUAAGCGAAGAGAUAAAGCUUCUCUUAUUGCCUAUAUCACGAAACUCGAAGCCGAGAUUUACGAUCAUCAAUAUCAAAUGGGAUUACUUAUUAUGGAAAGAAAGGAAUGGGGUUCCAAGUUUGAGCGGGCCGAAGCUGCUUUGAACUCUGCUGAGUUAAUGCGUAAACAUGACAAGAAUUUGUAUUUAAAAGAUUUGGCCGAAGCAAAGAAGCGGGAAGAAAAUUUGAAGAAAGCAAUUGAAAUUGAGCGAGAAUGUCUUGCGAAUAUUGAGAAAACAUUACAUGAGCUGCGAGCUGAAUAUGCUGAAACGAAAGUCAUGGCAGACAGAAAACUGGUGGAAGCGAGGAGUAUGAUGGAGGAUGCCUUGAAGAAGUUAAGUGAGGCUGAUGCUAAAAUGCACGCAGCGGAAUCUCUUGAAGCAGAAGCCAGUCGGUAUCAUAGUGCUGCAGAAAGAAAGUUGCAUGAAGUUGAAGCACGGGAAGAUGAUCUAAGGAGGCGUGCAACAUCUUUCAAAACUGAGUGUGAUACUAAAGAGGAAGAAAUUCUCCAUGAGAGACGAUUAUUAAAUGAAAGACAGAAAGCUCUGCAGCAAUCACAACAAAGAUUAGUUGAUGGACAGGAUUUGCUUAAUAAGCGGGAGAGCCACAUCUUUGAGAGAACUCAGGAAUUGAAUCGUAAGGAGAAGGAAUUAGAAGCCUCAAAAUUGAAGCAGGAGGAGGAGCUUCAAGCGCUGGUUGAACAACAAGCAAAUCUUGAGACAAAGGCAUCUUCCUUGUCACUGAGAGAGGAGGUUAUUAUAAAAAGUGAACUUGAGGUGAAGAAGAGAGAGGAAGAGCUAUGUGUUUUACAGGAGAAACUUGAGAAGAAAGAAUCUGAAAGGAUUCAGCAGUUAUUGGCAAAUUAUGAAGCUUCUCUAAGCAUGAAAAAAUCUGAAUUUGAAGCAGAACUGGAAGUGAAGCGUAAAUCGGUUCAUGAUGAUAUUGAAAACAAGAGAAGAGAUUGGGAGUUGAGGGAGGUGGACCUUCAUCAUAGAGAAGAGCUUAUAUUGGAAAAAGAGCAUGAGCUGGAGAUGCAGUCCAGAGCAGUGGUUGAUAAAGAGAGGGAUUUAGCAGGUCGGUUUAGUCUAUUGGAAGAGAAAGAGAAUAGGCUACAUGCUGUUGAAAAAGAAAUUGAGUCAAAGGAAGCUCUUUUACAAAAAGAAAAGGAGGAGAUCAUUAGCAGCAAGCUUGAUAUUCAAAGGUCUUUAGAUGCACUUGAGGAUGAAAAGAAACAAUUACAUCAUGCAGAAGAGAAAAUGGAGGCGAUGAAAAGUGAAACUAAUGAAUUAUGUGUUCUUGAAUCUAAACUGAAAGAAGAAAUUGAAACAAUAAGAGCCCAAAAACAAGAACUGGAGACAGAAGCUGAUGAGAUGAAAGAGCUUAAGCUAAAGUUUGAAAUUGAGUGGCAAUCAAUAGACGAGAAACGGAAAGAACUGCAGAAGGAAGCAGAAUGUAUUAAUGAACAAAGAGAAUCUCUAGAACUGACUCUAAAGGAUGAGCGUAAUAGCCUUAAAUUAGAGAAGGAUGCAAUGCGGGAUGAGUACAUGCGUAACAAUGAAUCGCUUUCUCGUGACAGGGAAGACUUUAUGAAAAAGAUGGAGCACGAGCGUUCAGAGUGGUUCAGUAAGAUUCAGAAAGAACGUUCAGAUUACCUGCUAGCUAUUGAGGUGCAGAGCAAGGACCUAGAAGAUCGUCUUGCUAAGAGGCGUGAAGAGAUCGAAAGUUAUCUAGCGGAAAGAGAGAGGGCGUUUGAGGAAGAGAAAAAGAAAGAAUUGAUGCGUAUGGAUACACUAAGGGAAACAUUGGCUAGAGAAACUGAACAAGUCAAUGCAGAGCUGAAUAGACUUGAUACUGAAAGAAGAGAAAUAAAUUUGGACCGUGAAAGAAGAGACAGAGAAUGGGCAGAGUUAAAUACUUUAAUCGAAGAACUCAAGGUGCAGAGGCAGAAAUUGGAGAAGCAAAGGGAAUUAAUGCGGGCUGAUAAAGAAGAGAUUCUUGUUCAGAUUGAGCACCUAAAGCAAUUGGAGGAUCUGAAAGUCGUUCCAGAUCGUAUUGCACUUACUGGUAUUCAGCAGUCUGAUCUGCAGCCUAGUAAAAGGGUUUCAGCUAGAAGAUCUCUGAAGCGGCAGAGUGGAUUAGAUUCAGGAUGCAGAGCUGAGGAUAAUGGUAAUGCAUCUUCUGGCAAUGGAUCAGUUAUUUUGUCUCCUCCACUUUCUUCUCCUUUUUCGUGGCUCAAACGGUGUGCUAGCAGUCUGCUAGAGCAAAAAGUGAGUAAUAAGAAAAUGAGACAUUCCGAGGAAAUCAUUACCCCCAGCACAAUACCUGCACGGUUAAAUGCACCGGAUGAUGAGCACGCAGUCAUCUCAGCUAAUCAACAAACUCCUGUACAUGCCAAAGAGACAACUGUUUACAUAGACAAGAUCAUAACUAUCAGAGAAGUGACUUCUUUUAAUGAUGCCAUAGUUGAUGGGAACAAUCAGAAUCUGGAAGAAGCAUUGUCCCAGAGGGCCGAGGAAAAGCUUGAAGAUGAUAAUAACAUUGAAUCGGAGAAGCUGGAGAAAAAUGGCGAAGUCGACCCGAAAAUUAUGCAAGCUAGUUUGACGGAGCAGUAAGAAUCUGACUUUUAGUAUUUUAAGCCUUUUUUAGACUAAGUAGCAAAGUUGGACUUGAAGGUAUUGUAGGUGUUGGUUAUUAGUUUAUUAUUAUUGUGCGUUCAGAGGGUUUAUGUGUGUGCUUGGUUGUGUGUAUAUUAUUGGUUGUGUAUAUGGCUGAAUCUCCUGUCACGGUGUCUUCAGCAAAUGAUUUGAUCUGUCCUUGUGGUGUAAGUUUACGGCAGGUUGUUAUAUUA